AUGGAUUGUAAUACGAGCACGAAGAAAUAUAAAAAUUAUUCACUCAUACGCGGUAUCCCCGUUAGUGAAGACCAUGUGAGGUUCUUUCAAAAUUUAAGCGAUGUUUAUAAAGUUAAUUACUGGAGAUUACCGGGGCUGCCUCACAGGCCCGUUGAAUUCAUAAUAGCACCAAGUAACAGGAAGGAUUUCAUGAGGAGGGCUGAUUCAAAUGGCGUAUAUUAUACCACUCUUAUGGAGGAUGUUCAAAGAGCUCUUGAUAAGCAAACAGUCAAGUCAUACAUUCGCCGCAACAUGGAUUCGUUUGACUGGACCAGUUUCUUUCGUCUCCAAGACAUUUACGCGUGGCUUUGGGACCUGGAGACGAAAUAUCCUAAGAUAAUGCAGGUGAAAACGAUCGGAAAGUCGGUGCAGAAGAGAGAUAUUUUGGCAGUCAGGAUAGCUCACAAAUCUAAGAGGAACAAGAUAAUAGUCGAAGGCGGUAUCCAUGCGCGGGAGUGGAUUGCACCGGCGUUCGUCACCUACUUCCUCUAUCAGAUCUUGACAGCUGUUAGUGAAAACAGCACCCUGAAGACGAUAGCUGAGUCCUAUCAAUGGUACUUUGUGCCAGUCUUGAACCCUGACGGGUAUGACUAUACGCACACCAUGGAUCGCAUGCAUAGGAAAAACAUGAAUCAGGUGGAUUUGAACAGGAAUUUUGGAAUCGCUUUUGGAACGGUCGGAGUAAGCAGUGUCAAAAACAGCGAGACUUACUGUGGACCAUACGCCUUCUCCGAGCCAGAAUCGAAAGCCAUGGCGAAUUUUGUACAAGAAAAUCAUGACAAUCUAAAAUACUACCUGGCCUUCCAUUCGUAUGGUCAAUAUAUGAUAAUACCUUAUACACAUUCCAAAGUGCACAGUGGCAAUUAUAAUACUGUGCGACGAAUGGCCCUAAAAGCAGCCGAUCGUAUAGUGGCGAGAUACGGCACUCACUACGAAGUCGGUACAGCAUACGAUACUGUUGGUUACAUGACUUCUGGUGUCAGUGGUUGUUGGGUUAAGAAAUCAUUUGGAGUUCCGUAA